UAAUGGGGGAAGAAAAAAAGUUUGCAUUUUUCUGGGUGAAUGUAUCAGGCCAGCUGCAUCGCAAGCGAAACAGUUUUAUUACAUAAUUAUCAAAAUAUUGGAAAUGGACUAAUAUUUUCUAGUUGGAAUGCUAAUGUUUUACUAGCUACCUAAUACGUACACUUGGAAAAAAAUACAUGUGUCGUUAUCGGUUAGCUGCAACACUUUCGCUCAGCGUGUGAAAGUACAGUACAUCUGUUCAGUAAGUUAACCUUCAUAUAGCAAAAUACAUAGCCUUAAUCGACAUUUGUGGUUAUCCGAAAAUUUGGAUAUUAACAUUGAAACCAGUGGUUACAUUUAGCGAAACUGUGAAACGCACGAUAACGCGUGUUUUGAGCUGAGACCUCCUUUAAUUAUUUGAAUUCGGCUAAAUUGUCAAUAGGAAUCGAUAUGUAAACUAAAGUCGUAGAUCGCUGAGUUACUCUUCUGGAAAUUCUGCUUUCAUAUGGAUUUUAGAAGGUGCACGUAAUCUGCUGAUUCUGUCUGUGCUGCUAACAAAUUCUUGUACGUCGAUUAGUCGUUAAUACAGAUCAGUUUAUAUCAAGUGAGAAAACUUUAUAAGGUCCAGUGUUUUGGUUUGUGAAGUCGCUGUUGAGGGAUCACACUGAAGGAUGUUUUUUUUUAAAUCAUGUAGUUCAUUCCAUAAUUGAUUUUUAAGCUGUUGAUUUCAUUUUGUUCGUUUAAGCCACACAACAUUGGGUCAUACAGUGUAGGUGGAAUUUGAACAACCAGCAUUGGAGGUACCCAGUGAGCCACCAUACCAUGGUUACAUAGCCUAUAUAUAAUUUCAGAGGUUUACCAUGCUCUUACUAUAUAACAUGAAAACUAAUAAACCAGAAAUUAUACUUUACUCUGUCUGCCCACCUACAUUGGAAUGGUUCUUUACACAUGUCCAAUCUCAUGUCUUUCCUGGGAUACAUACAUGCACAGUUGAGAGUGAAGCUUGGGGUCCAAGUGCACAGUUAUAACUCUCUGUCUGGCAUAUUUGAGGACCUUGCUUAAGGGGCCAAUAGAUAUAUAUUUAAUUCUAUAAUUAUUUUGCCAAGGAUGGGAUUCAAACCAGCAACCAUCUGUAUACAGACAGAGCGUCUUAACCUGCUGAGCCACACAGUAACAUCUGCUGUUUGCAGGCAGACAGUCUUGUUUCUGUCAUCUGCUGUCAGAAUGGCAGGAAGAGGGCGUGGCAGAGGUCGCGGUCAGCUGACUUUCAACAUAGAAGCCGUAGGCAUUGGGAAAGGGGAGAACCUGCCCCCUUCCACCCUUCAGCCAACGCCACUCUUCCCGCCCAUGGAGCACAAGCCGGUGCCGCUACAGACAGGCGAGGAGGCAGAGUACAUGUUGGCCCUGAAGCAGGAGCUGAGAGGAGCCAUGAAGAACCUACCUUUCUACAUCAGGCCAGCAGCACCCAAGAAAGAUGUGGAGCGCUACUCGGACAAAUACCAGAGUACGGAACCAACAGACAACACCAUUGAAUGGGACCCAGACUGGAAGAGGCUGCCUCGGGAGCUGCGGGUCAGAGUGAGGAAGCCUCUAAAAGAGAGGGCUCUGCCAGCGCCGAAAUGCGCGAAAAAGCCCCGCGUGGAUAAGGAGGAGAUCAUCCGAAAGCUGGAGACACUUGAGAAGAAAGAGGAGGAGCUGAGCUCUGAUGAGGAAGAGCGGGAGAAGAAGCAGGAGGAGGAAGAGCAGGAGGGCGAGGAGGAGUAUGACGAAGAGGAAUUUGAAGAGGAGACAGACUACAUUAUGUCUUACUUUGACAACGGGGAGGAGUUCGGUGGGGACAGUGACGACAACAUGGACGAGGCCACUUACUGAGACACGAGAAGAUGUGACAAAGCAUCCAGAGCACUGAAGACAGACAAACUGAAUUGAAUGAACCUAGAUCUUACAGUUACCCACAAGCUGAACAUUCCAGAAACAGGACGACCUAUAGUCUGUAUCCAGAUGAAGACUAUGCGAGAGUUGUUAGGGGCAGCGUGUGGAUCAGUGGGCUAAGCCUGUAUGUACCUAUGAGCAGAAGGUUGCCGGAUCGAGCCCCGGGUGCUGCUACGGGUGGCUGCCCUUCAUGGCCAGCUUGCUCUCACCUACAGAGAGCAUGUUGGGGGAGGCAUAGAGAGACCUUCCCCAUGGGGAUCAAUGUCAGUUAUUAUUAAUGGGUUGAUGUCUCCACAGAAAACAACCUUGUGGAUCUUUCCGCAAGUGCAGAAACUUCCAUGUUGACGACUCCGUUUCGGCCGGUGUGGGUAAAGUGGCCGUACCCCAAGUUCAAUCUCCGCAUGCACAGUUUACUGCAUCCCGCUUUUAUGUUGUUUUUAACACUGCAUCAGUGUUAUUUUGGUGUUUUCUUACACGAUGUGUUUCCGGGUUGAAUCAACAGACGCAGCAUUUACCUGGCACAGAAAAAGCACAGGUGUUGCUGUUGGUUUUUAUAGAAGUGCUGGUUUUAACACAACAUUUUUAAUUCGGAAAAUCUUAGACAUUUGUGCAGCGUAAGUUGUACAUUUUGUAGUAGUUCUGUUCUUCGGCAAUUGAUUACAGUCAGUGGCUGUAGGGUGAAGUGUAGUUUUUACAUUGACCAGCAGGUGGGGUUUGGUAUAUGUUCUGUGACUUUAAUGUCUUUGUCACUGUGUACUGUGUUUGUACUGUGUAUAAACAGUAUUUUUAUGCAGAGCCUAUGCAGUUUGGAGCAUCUGUAUUUCUGUCAUUACUUUUAAUUAGCGCCAAGCCUGAAUGUCAUUAAUAGCUUGUAAGUGUGCUUCAGAAGGUUGAUGUUCUUUACCAUUCUGCUGUCUGAUUUGCUAUAAAUGCUUCCUUCAAAACUCACCACUGUACGCUUUAUUCUUCUGUGAACUGGCCUUCUUCACACACACGCACGUCGAACUGUGCAUUGGUUCAUGUUCAUCCAUGAAACUCUUCUAGGUUCGUCUCCUCCGUAUUUGUGUCACCUGCUGCAAAAAUCACCUGUUGCUUACAGUACCUGUACUGCCAAACUCAAAUUAUCGAGGGUCCCCAAAGCAAACACGUUUGAUUCGUUACCAUUCCAGACUGCUGCCCUCAGGGAGUGGAACAAUUAGAAUGAUUUUUUGUCAUUGUUAACUUUUAAAAACCUUUUUAGACACUCUCUCACAGAUAUAUGUUUCUUAUCUGAAUAAUAACUGAUGAAAAUAUUGCAUGCUUAUACUGUAUUUUGUAUUUGUAGUAUUGUGUUUGUAUUAUUUGUUUAUCUUUACAUCUUUACCCCUUGUCCUCAAAAGCUUGUUCUGCCUUUUUCCAAGGCCGUCGAUGUAAAUAAGAAAUUGUUCUUCGUGACUUGCCUGGAAAAAUAAAGGUUAAGUAAAUGAA